AUGAAAAAAUAUCUCAAUUCUUUCAAGUAAAUUGUGGGAGCCUAGAACAUGAUAACAGAUCCAUUCGAUCUUAAGCCUUUGAAUUAGGAUUGGCAGAGAUUCUAUUAAGGUAAAUCGGAAUUGGCUGUCACUCCUACUUCAUCAAAGAUGGUGAGUGAGAUCUUGCAAUUUUGCAAUUAAAAUAAUAUCAAAGUGGUACCUUAAGGAGGCAAUACUAGUUUUGUAGGAGGAGCAACUCCAGUGCAAGAUGAAUUGAUUUUGAGUCUAAGAAAGAUGAAUAACAUAUUGGAAUUUGAUACGACAACAUCAAUAGUUACAGCUGAGUCAGGAGUCAUUCUAUAAUCUAUGAAUGACUAUUUGCAGACAUACAGAUAUUAAAUGCCUUGGGAUUUGGGAGCAAGGGGAUCAUGCUAAUUAGGUGGAAAUAUUGCUACGAAUGCAGGAGGAUUGAAUGUGGUGAGGAAUGGACCUUUAAGAAAUUAUAUUCUCGGAUUGGAGGUAGUGUUGCCGAAUGGAAAGAUCUUGGACUUAUUGAACAAAAACAGGAAGGACAACACUGGAACCGAUUUGAAACAAUUGUUUAUUGGAUCUGAAGGAACUUUGGGCAUUAUUACGAAAGCUAAUGUUUUAUGUGCUCCCAUUCCAGAAUAGAGACAGGUGUUCUUUUUGGAAUUGAAGGGGUUUGAUGAGGCCAUUCAAUUGUUGAGAUCGGCUAAAUAGUUUGAAUAAUUAGGGGCAUUUGAAUUCAUGGAGGGUAGGAUCUUGUAGAGAUGUCUGCCUUUUAAUCCUUAGUUAAAGGCUCCAUUUGAAUUUAAGGCUGACAAAUAUUAUGUUUUGAUUGAGAUUUGUGGGUAGUAGAUUGAGUUGGAGUAUUAUUUUGAGCGUUUAUUGAAACACACUGAGUAGAUAGUGUUCAAUCAGAACGAAUCUGAGUUGCAGGCUAUGUGGAGAUGGAGAGAGAGUGUGCCAGAAAACCUACAUAAGAUGGGACAUGUUUUGACGUAUGAUUUGAGCAUACCUCCUGAUAAAUUUGAGUGGUUUGCAGAGGAGAUCUAUCCGGAGAGGAAGGGGCCUUAUAAUGCGUUUUAUGGGCAUUUGGGAGAUGGGAACAUUCAUUACAACAUCAUAUUUGAGAGUGUGGAGGAGAUGCACAAGGAGCAGGAGAGAGUUGAGGACAAGAUCAUCAAGUUGACUAAGAGUUUGAAUGGAUCGAUCAGUGCUGAACACGGGGUUGGGUAAUUGAAGCGACAUUACAUGGAGAUAUAGAAGGGAAAGGAGACUUUUGGAUACAUGUAGGAAUUGAAGAGAGUAUUUGAUCCAAAUAACAUUCUAAAUCCUGAAAAGUUAUUGUGAUAAAUAUAUAUAGAUAAUUAUUCAGUAUUCAGUAUUGA